CCCGUCUGUCGCACAAAAACACACUCCAUGGUGAGAAAGUGAACGUGACGGUCACGGCGCAGGUCAUUAAUACAGCCUCGAAGAAAGUCGUUUCCCCGUACCGAAGCCGUUACUCUGUUUCGUUUCGUUGCGUUGCGUUGCGUUGCGCACUUCAGUGUCCACGACCAAUUCUCACACACACCACACCAUCGAAGAAGAAAGCUCAUAGCACAGGGUAACUGAUUCGCGCAAGCUUCAGAAUCAGGACUUGGUGCUUUUUGUUUUCUGCUUGAUUCGGUUGGAUUAGGUUUCGGAAUUUCUGGUUAUUCUCGGUUUUCUUUCUUGUUUGGUGAAUGUGGAUAAUUAGGAUUAGGAUUUUUGGAAUAGGAAAUUCAGAUUUGCUUUUUCUCCUUUUUGUAACGGUGACAGAUAGAAGCAGGAGGUGGUGCUGGUUUGAGGAGUGAAGUUGGGGGGGAAGUUAAACCUAGGGCUGCAACAUUUGGGAGACAGAGGUUUGAUUGGUUGGAUUAGGUUUGAGAUUUAUAGCUAUUGUAUGUUUGUAUUGCUGUUGUGGUAUGAGUGAAUUAAGAUUUUUUUUUUGUUGAAUUUUGUAAUGAUUCGAGGAGUUAAGUUUUGAAACCUAGAGCUAUACAGGGGAAAAGAAUGGAUGGGGGGGAUGUUAGGGCUGGGGGAAAGAAGAAGAGACCUAAGCCUGUGGAAAUUGGAUUUGAUUCGGAUGAUGAUGAGCCGAUUGGCUCUAUGUUUAAGCUGAGGAAGUCACGUGGGUCUAAGAAGAAGGUUGGUUCUGCGGCUUCUGAGGGGUCUUGUGGCGAUGGGGCCAAGAAUGUCGAUGCUGUGACAAGAAAGUUGGUUGAUGCAAAGGAUGAUUUGGUGGGAGGUAUGGAUGAUACCUUGGCGAGUUUUAGGAAGAGGUUGAAGGGAUCUGGAGCCACCAGAGCAACUAGUUCCGUGUUGAAUGCAACAGUGGAGUCUUCUGACAGGUCUCUUGAUCUUUCUGUUGACGGAAUUGAGGGUCAUGUUGCGUCUGACGAUGAUGUGGUAGCUCGCGGAUCUGUGAGAGCCUCCAAGGAUGAGAAAGGGGUGAAUUUAUCCGUUGGUGACCGCUUGCAGCAUUCUUCUGAUGAGAAUAUGGAAGAUUCAUUAUCAGCGAUUUUCCGAAAGGCACAAUCUAGUUCUGUUAGGAAAUUCCGAGGCUCUUCAGGUUCAAGGAAGAAGAAAGAGAGUCACAAUGGGGAUAAUAAAAAGCAUGGGGAUGGCUGUUUUCUGGUGGAAGUCACUGAAGGUAUUUGUCAUUCUAACAUAUUAGAUGUCUGCAAUGAAGAUAGACAACAGUUGUCUUCUAUUCAAUCUGAAAAUUUUCGUUGUGCUUCUGACCAAGAAAGAAUCCUCAAUGAUGCUUUAAAGCAGUGUUCUUCCAUGUCACAUGACGUUGAAAUGAUUGAUAAUGGCUCUCUCUCAAAAGUAGUGGAAGGGGUAUCUGGUACUGAGGGUGAGGUGAAGAAUAAACUGACUGAUGAACUAGCUCCAGUUUGUAAUUUUGGUUCAGAACAUGGCCGCACGUCUAUGAAGAAAGAAAAUUUCUUACCUCCUUGUGACACUGAGCCCUUGGUUAAAUCAACCGGAAAUAUAUCGAAUGAGAAUAAUUAUAUGGUUACUGGAAAAGUUUUCUCUGGAUGCCAGGUGGAGGUAGAUGAAGGUGUAAAAUCUGAAACCGAGGUCGUUUCGGAUAAAGAUUGUUGUGACUAUAAUGGUUUAAAUACAAAGCCUGAUGUUAAAGAUUUAGUUCUAGGUAUUUCACUUGAAAAAAAUGAUGUAACUGCCUCUGGUAGCUUAUCUCCUAAGAUGUCUGUGGAAGCCAAUGAAUCUGAAUUAGAUGUCCUGUCAAAUCACUCGAAGAAACCUUUAGAAGUGUAUAGUGCUUCAAUUCUGAAAUGCAACUCCAUGUUAGAUCCGGUUCAAUCUGAUGGAUCCUCCCUUCCAUCUGCACCAGAUGAAAAUGAGAAUAAUGCAGAAUAUAAUGAUUCUCUCUCUGAUUUUGCCUACAAAGACAGUAAAAUUCGUGCUGUGCGAAAGGCUAAAAUGCAUAAGCAUGGAGAUAUGACUUAUGAGGGUGAUGCUGAUUGGGAGAAUUUAACAAAUGAUCAAGCUCUUAAUGAAAACCAUGCUGCUGAAGAUUCUGAUAGUGUUGCAGUAGUUGCUGUAUCAGCUGGGCUGAGAGCCCAUGCGGCUGGUCCAAUGGAGAAAAUAAAGUUUAAGGAGAUGUUGAAGCGCAAAGGUGGUCUCAAAGAAUAUUUGGCUUGCAGAAAUCAGAUCUUAAGUCUUUGGAGUAGAGAUGUUACGCGUGUUUUGCCUCUUGCUGAAUGUGGAGUUAGUGAUGCUCAAUCUGAGAAUAAAAGUCCUCGUUCAUCUCUUACUAGGGAUGUCUACACAUUUCUCGACCAAUGUGGUUAUAUAAACAUUGGUAUUGCUUCUCAUAAGGAUGUUGGAAGUAGUGCAAUGCAUUCUUAUAAACUUGUGAAAGAAAAAGGUUUUGAGGAAAGCUCCACUGCUUCAAUUGCUGACUCUGAAGAGGGAGUAUCAUUUAUUGUUGGUCAGACUAAAAUGUCAGAUGUGUCCAUGGAGAAUAACCAUGGCCUUAAAGGGGAGGAUGAAGACAUACCAGCUGAAGCUACAGAAGGCAGGAAUGCAGCAACAAUAAAUUUAUUAAACCCAAAACAACCUAAAGGAGAAAAUUUUGAUUCCCAAGAUAAUGAUGAGAUUCAGGAAGGACUUAGUGGAACUAGACAUGUCAAUAUAAACAAUGUUGUUCCUUCCUCCAAAUUUCCUGAUUGCAGACUGGCUUCUGCUGUAGCUACAGAACAGAGCAAUGAAUCUAUCUGUGUUAAAACCGUCUCGGCUGAUCGCAUAGGUGAUCAAAUGUUGUCUGAUUCUGAGGCUAGAAAGAGAGUUAUUGUCAUUGGAGCUGGUCCUUCUGGGCUAACUGCUGCUCGUCACUUGCAACGUCAGGGGUUGACUGUGACUGUACUCGAGGCAAGGAAUAGGAUAGGAGGUCGAGUAUUUACAGAUCGCUCAUCCCUUUCUGUCCCUGUGGAUCUUGGUGCUAGCAUUAUCACUGGUGUUGAGGCUGAUGUGGCCACUGAGAGAAGACCAGAUCCUUCCUCACUGGUUUGCUCACAGUUGGGCCUUGAGUUGACGGUACUGAACAGUGACUGUCCUCUCUAUGACAUAAUGACAGGACAAAAGGUCCCGGCAGAUAUGGAUGAGGCACUGGAAGCUGAAUACAAUAGUCUUCUUGAUGGUAUGGAAUUGCUUGUUGCUCAGAAAGGUGAACAAGCAAUGAGAAUGUCUCUUGAAGAUGGUUUAGAGUAUGCCCUUAAGAUUCGCCGCUUGGCACAUGCUGGAAGUGGUGAAGAGAUUGAACAAGUCAAUUCUGGAGAUAGUCCGUUGGAUUCCAAAAAGGUCAGUACAGUGGAAAAAAAAUUCGAGCAGGACAUUUUAAGUCCUCUGGAGAGAAGGGUCAUGGAUUGGCACUAUGCUCAUUUGGAGUAUGGAUGUGCAGCUUCACUUACAGAAGUUUCUCUUCCCAACUGGAAUCAAGAUGACGUGUAUGGAGGAUUUGGAGGAGCUCAUUGUAUGAUUAAAGGCGGUUACAGUGCUGUUGUUGAGUCUCUUGCAGAAGGGCUUCCUAUUCAAUUGAACCAUGUUGUAACAAAUGUGUCCUACGAUAUCGAGGAACCUGGUCGCUGCAGUAAAGUCAAAGUUUCCACAUCAGAUGGCAGUGAGUUCUUUGGGGAUGCUGUUCUCGUCACUGUUCCACUAGGCUGUUUGAAGGCAGAAACCAUACAAUUUUCUCCCCCUUUGCCUGAGUGGAAAUAUUCUGCUGUUCAGCGUCUUGGUUAUGGAGUUCUCAAUAAAGUGGUUUUGGAAUUUCCAAGUGUAUUUUGGGAUGAUGCUGUGGAUUACUUUGGAGCAACAGCUGAGGAGAGAGGUAAAAGAGGUCACUGCUUUAUGUUCUGGAAUGUCAGGAAGACAGUUGGCGCUCCUGUCCUUAUAGCAUUAGUUGUUGGUAAGGCAGCCAUAGAUGGUCAAAAUUUGAGCUCUUCUGAUCAUGUUGAACAUGCAUUGAAGGUUCUUCGUAAACUUUUUGGGGAAACUUCAGUUCCAGAUCCUGUUGCCCAUGUUGUAACAGAUUGGGGUAGAGAUCCUUUUAGCUAUGGUGCUUACUCUUAUGUUGCCAUUGGAGCAUCAGGAGAAGACUAUGAUCUAUUAGGGAGGCCAGUUGAUAACUGUUUGUUUUUUUCUGGUGAAGCAACAUGCAAAGAACACCCUGAUACUGUUGGUGGUGCUAUGAUGAGUGGACUUCGGGAGGCAGUUCGCAUAAUUGACAUAUUGAGCUCUGGUAAUGAUUAUACUGCAGAGGUGGAGGCAAUGGAAGCUGCACAGAGACAGCUAGAUACUGAAAGGGAUGAAGUUAGGGAGAUAACAAAGAAACUUAAUGCAGUUGAGCUUUCUAGUUUAUUGUACAAGAACUCUUUAGAUGGUGCUCAAUCUGUGACCCGGGAAGCUUUAUUAAGAGAAAUGUUUUUCACUGCAAAAACCAGUGCCGGGCGCCUGCAUGUGGCAAAGCAAUUGCUAAGUCUUCCUCUUGGAAAGUGGAAAUCCUUUGCUGGGAGUAGAGCGGGGCUAACCGUUCUCAACUCAUGGAUACUGGACUCCAUGGGGAAGGAUGGAACCCAACUCUUGCGACAUUGUGUGCGUCUUCUUGUACGUGUUUCCACUGAUCUGCUUGCUGUACGCGUGUCAGGAAUAGGAAAAACUGUGAAGGAAAAAGUUUGUGUACAUACUAGCCGUGAUAUUCGUGCUAUAGCAAGCCAGUUGGUCAAUGUAUGGCUUGAAGUUUUCCGCAAGGAAAAAGCUUCUAAUGGGGGGUUGAAGUUGUCAAGACAAGCAGCUGCUGUAGAUUUAUCAAAGAGAAAACCUUUGAAAGACUCUGCCUCAGGAAAGCCUCCUUUGAGUACACAGCAUGGCAUGCUUGAAAAUAAAGGAGGUUUGCUGAAUCCUGCAUCUGCUGGAAGCAAUUCACAAGUGAGGAAAUUGCACAGCAAACAAGGAAAACAACAAGCAGCAAAUGACUCAAGGCAUGAUGUCAGUUCUUCCAGGUCCCAAGGUUCAAUAGACAAAGCUGCUGCAGAGGAGGAUAACUAUUAUGCCUUGACUGAAGAAGAACGGGCUGCCAUUGCUGCUGCGGAAGAGGCCCGUGCUAAAGCACAUGCUGCUGCUCAGGCAUAUGCUUCUGCAGAAGCCAGAUGCAGUACACUACUACAGCUUCCAAAGAUACCUUCCUUCCACAAAUUUGCUAGAAAGGAGCAUUGUUCACAAAAUGAUGAAUGUGAUAGUAGAAGAAAGUGGUCUGGUGGAGUUUUGGGAAGGCAGGAUUGUAUUUCUGAAAUUGAUUCAAGGAAUUGCAGAGUUAGGGAAUGGUCAGUUGAUUUCUCUGCUGCAUGUGUUAACCUUGAGAAUUCCAGAAUGUCAGUUGACAACCUUUCACAGAGGAGUCAUUCAAAUGAGAUUGCCAGCCAUUUGAAUUUCAGAGAGCACUCAGGAGAAAGUGUUGCUGCAGCAGACAGCAGUUUAUAUACAAAAGCUUGGAUUGACACAUCUGCUGGUGUGGGUAUAAAAGACUCUUAUGCCAUAGAGAGAUGGCAAUCUCAAGCAGCUGCAGCUGAUUCUUGUUUCUCUCAUCCAACCAUACAUAUGGGAGAUGAGGAGGAUUCAAAUGCUCAGUCGAUGUUAUCCAGUCGAAAGCGUGAUGGUUUGGCAAAUGAGAGCUCUAUUUCACAGGUUACUGUAAAUAAGGAGGCCUUAAAAGGUCAUCACCGGGGAGCUGAUCAUAUUAAACAGGCUGUUGUGGAUUAUGUUGCCUCGCUACUUAUGCCUCUUUAUAAGGCAAGGAAACUAGACAAGGAUGGGUACAAGGCUAUCAUGAAGAAAAGUGCAACAAAGGUCAUGGAGGCAGCCACAGAUGCUGAAAAAGCAAUGAUGGUUCAUGAGUUUCUAGAUUUUAAACGGAAGAACAAGAUCCGAUCCUUUGUGGAUGUAUUGAUUGAGAGACACAUGGCAGCGAAAUCAAAUGCAAAAUCUUAAUGUUCUUUGGAUUGAAUAGCCUGUGGUUACUUCUGUGUAACGGUUGCCAAAGUCUUGGUUUUUUUCCCCGUACCUUAACUCUCAGGCUGUUGUUCGUCAAGAGUAUGACAAGGCACCUCAAUCUGCCAUUUUAACGAACCUUGCCACUAAAGAAACAGAUUGCGCAGGCAGGUUUGAAGAUGACAACGAAUCACAUUCAUCCAUUUAGUAUUUUGUCUUCAUCGAGGUGUUUAUUCCAAAAACUACCUCCGAGGAUUGAAAUCUUAGACCCCAUUUUUGUUGAAGGGGUUUCCAAUGGACAAGAUAAAAUUUGACCUUAUCAAUUUCUUCUAUUUGUACAGCUUAGGAUUGUUUUAGUGAUGACAAUUGACAAGCAUACAUAUCCAUUUCCCAUUGUCGUACUGGAAACUUUUCUUAUAUAACAUCAAUUAGUUAACUCUUAUUUCUUUCUCCAAAGUGGGGAAAGAACUAUGCUUGGUUUUAUUCCAGCAUUUUAUCCUCCAUCUUUAUUUACCACUCUACUCGUGUGUAUAGUAUGUUGCAUGAUAUCUGUUUAUAAUUGAGUAAGCUUCCAAAUGUGUAACAGAAAAGUCACUUCCUCUGAGAAUGAGCCUCUGGAUUGCAGCAUGAGAUGCCGAUUUCUUUUGAAUUGAUGUGUAUAAUUUUAAGCCAAUCAUUCAAUCUUGGAUGUUAUCUUGUGCUAACUAUUGCUUACACCUUUUUCUAUUGGCUGCAAGGCUAAGAAAGAUUUUGUCAAUCACAUAAGGGGGGAGGUAAUGAUUGUUCCGCCAUUUCCCUGUGAUUUUGAUGGUUAUUUAACCUCUUACCUUCGAAUUUACAGGUGCCUUUUGUUUUCCUAAUUUCAUGUCUAUUCAUUCUGGUUUUAUGGAUGAUGACCCUUCAUGAUUAUACUGCUUCUGUUUCUACUGCAGGAAAGAGGAAACUACUGUAACUACCUCGUUUCUAUUGAUUGUUUAUUACAAACCAAAAAUAUAUAGCUGCCAGGGAACUUCACUUUUUGAUAGCUGUGUCUAGAAGGGUGGAGUACAUUCUUCUUAUCGUAAGCAAUGUUUCUACUCCGAAUUUAUUAUACCUUUUGGUGCCAUAUUGCUGAGAAUUAUCUAUGUUCUUUGAUUUAUUUGGAGAAUAAUCGUACUUUAUCAUGGUCAGGCCACAUAGAUUGCCUGAAUAUCACAACAGAAAACUAUCCCUGUAUUUUGUGGAUACAUUUUUUUUGGUAUGCUUCGGACUACUUGAAAGUUGAAACUACUGCCUGUGCUUGAGCCUUGAGGUGAUUACAAGAUGGUUUCAAUUCAAAUUUAGAUUGAUUCUAUGUUCUAACCAUACUCAAAUGAGUAUUUACUGAUAUGGUCAAUCUCUUCAAAAUGUUUAUUCUCUUAAUAUACUCUCGAGGUCAAAUAUUUAGUAGUUGCGCUUCUGAAAUUAAAUUGUAUUAUUCGGAUA